UUCGCAUACAGAAUUUUUCGCGAUUUCCAACUUUCUUGACAUUUUCGCGUGUUGGUAUUUUUGCGGAUGCCAUUUUAACAAAAUGUUACAUUUUAGGCCUAAUGUACUGUAGCUACGAUCACAAACUUUUUUGUUGUACGGAAGGCUUAAAAACGAUGCGUAGGCUGCCUUUUUUAAGUUGGCAAAGUCUAGGCACUGUACUAGUAGUAGUAGGGCAUAGUAGUACUGUCUCUACUAGAGUAGGGCUUAGUAGUUAUUUUUGUAGGCAAAAGUAAUUGUUUUUUCCAGGUCUCAAACUACGCCUGCGCUGAACGUGCUAAAUGCGGCGCGGCGUAAUCCAUCACACGCUACAGCUGUGCUACCCGAGAUUUCCGACCUAUAACGGGGUUUCCCCUUUCAUUCGGUUUGUUGUUUACAGUACUUCUUGAAAUUUGUGGACAUUUUCGCAAGUGGUGAAAUUCGUGGUAAGCGCUACAUUCGCGAAAUUCGCGAAAAUUAAACCCUCGCGUAAAUAACAACUUAUACAGUAUUUAAAUUUACAGUGCUGAGGAAUUUCAGUUAGCUGUAUUAGAUUAUGGGCCUAUUUGGUAGGAUGGGGAAAUGGGUUGGGGAUAGGGGAUUGCCUCCUAAAACCCCAUGGAUGCUGCCACAGGCUUUAAACUUUUUUUAAUCUUUUUCGAAGUUACCUCUCUAAUCGUUCACAAUGCACUAAAUAUCUCAACACUAUCUCCAACUUCCGCCAGAUUACUUGUGGUGUCCCCCAGGGAUCCCUAUUGGGCCCUCUUCUGUUCCUUUUAUAUAUUAAUGAUGUUCACUUGUCUUCCAACCUUCUUUCUUUUUUGUCUUUAUGCUGAUGACACCACUAUUCUAUAUUCUAACAAAAAUAUCCAUUCCUUAUUCAACAUUGUUAACUCUAAUUUAAUUUCCACUUCCCAAUACUUUGCUGCCAACAAACUUUCAAUUAAUCACGAGAAGUGUAGCUUCAUUCUGUUUCGAAGUCCCCAAAAAUCACAAACUUUCGAUCCUUCGAAUUUCAAAAUCUAUAUUGAUAAUCACGAAAUUCCCAAUACCGAUUUUGCCAAGUUCCUAGGAGUUUAUCUUGACAGUGCAUUAAAUUGGAAAAAACAAAUCUCCCAAAUUGAAAAUAAAGUAUCCAAAAGCCUUGGUAUCAUUUUAAGGUUAUCCUCUUUUGUUCCCCGCAAUGUUCUUCGUAUUCUUUAUUGCUCUCUCAUUCUCCCCUAUCUGAGCUACUGCAACAUUGUUUGGGGAAACACCUACUCAUCCAACUUUAAAAGCAAACUUCAAAUCAUUCAAAAGAAGGCUAUCAGGAUUAUAUCUGGCAUUCUAACAUGGUCUCAUUCUUCUUCUUUAUUUUCUAAUCUCAAUUUUCUUAAACUCACUGUCGGUCUGUCUUCGACUUGUUUUGAAUGUAUUGUUUUUUGUCCCUUUCUGUCCUGUUUUGUCUUUUUGUCUCUUUUGUUAAUCUCAUUUUUUCCCUCUUAUUUCAGGCUGUCCCUCCACAAGAUUGGUUUUUCUUAUCUUCUCGGGUUCUUGCCUUCUUCCUCUCCUGCAUUUUCAAUUUAUUUUAAAUCAAUUGUAAUAUAUUUGUCUGAUUCUAAAAGGAAGUAAAUAAAUGUUAAAUUGAAAAAAUUGAAAUUGAAAAACACCGUCUGGGAUGUUGUGAUUGUAUUCAUUGUCAAACUGUUUGUGAGAGUAAAAGCGCAAGUACUUUGUAAAACUGGUCUCAUUUCCAUUUGUGACAGAUCGUUGACUAUCUUGAUCUAUCGUUUUAAAGGUCGUAAAACGAAGAGAAUCUAGUGUAUUAUUUAUUUGA